AUCUUCAAAGCAUAUUGUGCUCCUUCUCCUCCAAAAUACGCAGCCACAACUCUCCAGUUUCCACCAUGGGAGAAGAGGAAGGAAAGACCAACAACUCCCUUGAGCCAAUGGAAAAAAAACGAGGAGGAUUCACCGCCUCCAUCUUCAUUUUCGUGUUGCUGGCAUUGGAUAACAUGGGGUUUGUUGCAAACAUGGUGAGCAUGGUCCUCUACUUCAUGGGACCGAUGCACUUCCAUCUGGCCACAUCUGCCAACACUCUCACUAACUUCAUGGGGACAACGUUUUUGCUCUCCCUCGUCGGAGGAUUCAUUUCUGACACUUAUCUGAGCAGAUACUCUACUUGUUUGAUUUUCGGUUCAAUCGAAAUUGUGGGUUUGUCGAUGAUGACAAUUCAAGCUUAUUCAAAGGCCUUGAAGCCACCACUUUGUGGCAAGCCAAGUUGCAUGGAAGGCGGUAUCGGGUUCUUUUUCUAUGCAGCCUUGUACUUGUGGGCAUUAGGUUCAGGUGGUGUGAAGGGAGCUCUUCCGGCUCUUGGUGGUGACCAGUUUCGUCACAAGGGUGAAGCAAAGAAACUAGCAACCUUUUUCAAUUUGUUCUUGCUCAGCUCUACUCUUGGAGGAACCGUCGGAGUCACUGUUGUUGUGUGGGUUAGCACGGAAAAGGGUUGGUAUUGGGGUUUCUUCAUAUCAACAAUGGGAUCCCUUGUUGGUUUUAUUGUUCUUGCACUGGGAAAGCCUUUUUACCGCCUCCAAGUUCCCCAUGAGAGUCCCCUCAUUCGCGUCUUUCAGGUUAUAGUAUUGGCAAUGAAAAACAGAAGCUUAUCACGACCUGGGAGCUCUGCAGAACUAUAUGAGAUCAGUGAAAAGGAAUCAGCUUUUACCAACGAGAAAAUUUCACACACAGAACAAUUCAGCUUUCUAGACAAGGCUGCCAUACUAGGCAAAGACACCAAGGCUGAGCCAUGGAAGGUCUGCACUGUAACACAAGUAGAAGAAGUCAAGGUCCUAACAAGAAUGCUUCCUAUUCUAUUCAGCACCAUCAUAAUGAACACUUGCUUGGCACAGCUCCAAACUUUCUCCAUCCAACAAGGAAACAGAUCCAUGGAUCGUAAUUUGGGACAUUUAGUAGUUCCCGCCCCAUCAAUUCCGGUCAUCCCCCUUAUUUUCAUGUGCGUACUCAUUCCCCUAUACGAGUACUUCUUCGUCCCCUUUGCCAGGAAAAUUACCAAGCACCCUAAUGGAAUCACGCAGCUGCAAAGAGUUGGUAUUGGACUAGUUCUCUCGGCAGUUUCAAUGGCAGUGGCUGGCAUCGUUGAAGUGAAAAGAAGGAACUAUGCAUUGGCUCAUAGUCCAUUAGCGACCGGCGGCAUUAGUCUCUUUUGGCUUUCCUUCCAGUAUGCCAUCUUUGGAAUUGCAGACAUGUUCACCCUAGUUGGACUACUUGAGUUUUUCUACAGGGAAGCACCUGCAAGCAUGAAAUCGCUUUCGACUUCAUUCACUUGGCUGUCACUCUCUUUCGGGUACUUCUUGAGUUCGAUCGUUGUAAGUAUCAUAAAUGCUGUGACAGCUAGAAUUGCUCCAAGCAGAUUGGGUUGGUUACAUGGCUUAGACAUCAACCAGAACAAUGUGAACCUCUUCUACUUUUUCUUGGCAAUCCUGAGCUGCCUAAACUUUGCAAACUAUCUGUACUGGGCUUCAUGGUACAAAUACAAAACAGACGAGCCUGAUGCCAAUAAUAUGCAACUGAAGGAAGCCGAGAAAGCUCCUCUUCCUCUUCCUCUUAGUGAAAAUGAGAAUGGAAGUAAGGUUACUACUGAAGAAGUCUCCUCAGUUCAAACAGAAGAGAAUAAAGAAAAGGUUGCAGGUGUAUGAAGAUAGAUACAAUUACCAAAUCCUUAAGGGCAGGAAGCUCACUCGGGAAAAGUGAGAUGGGAAGUGAUAAAUAGCAUAUACCGAUGAACCUACUGAGCUUGAAAAUUGUAGAAUCAUAGAUAAUGAGUGGCAAUCUCUCUCUUAAGUUUUGUGUCUUAAUUAACAUUUUGGGUUUGAAUUACUACAAAAAGAAAAAACAUUUUGGGUUUGAGGCAAGCUGUUUUGAGAAUGUGUGAAGGGUUCUGAGUUAAUUGUAUCCAUCUUCUAUAAUACAAAUGCAUUUUGAAAAUUUUCUUAUGUUGA